AUGGCGGAAGAAACAGCAAUACCCGAGCCAGAAAUCAUUAAGAUCUCUGUUUUCACUCCAUUGAUUUAUGUUGGUGUUGUGUUAUCAGUUUUCGUGGCGUUUUCCAUCAUUUAUAGAAGACGAAGAUUAAAUACUUUAAGACAAACCGAGCCAUUAUUUAAAGAAAAUUAUAAUGCUAUAUUAUAUCAAAACUUAAAAGAACAAUAUCACAAUCAAAACAUUCCUAAAGACCAAAGACCUCAUGAAAAGGUAUUAAAAGCCGCCUUAUUAAGACGUGCAGUUGAAGCAAUCAGAAGAUCAAUGAAGUUAAAAGAAUGUGAAUCGAUUUUCAACAAGUUAUAUCAAAAUGGUUUAAUUGGUGAUGAAAUAUUCAAACAAUACGAAAUUCAACUUAAAUUUCAAGAACUUGAAUUAAAGGAAAUUGUUCAAGAGUGUGAAAGUUACAAGAAAGGUUGGGUUCAAACCUUUUUCCCAGUUGCCCAAGAAAUUUGUUUUAAUGAAGCGUUAAGAAGAAGAUUAAAGGCUAUGGAAGGUAGAGAAGAAGCAUUAGCUGAAUUAUGGCAAUGUUUUGUUGAAAAAACCGAGCCAGCUAAGCCAAAGACAAAGAAGACUUCACCAGCCCCAGCUGUAGUGAAUGAAAAAGAGACUACUGGCGAAAAUAAGGCUUCUGUCGAAGAUACUAAGGAAGAAGUAGAAGAAGACGAAGAAUCUGAUGAAGAAGCCAAUAACGAAACCCAAAAGACAUCUACAGGACAAAACAAAAAGAAGAAGAAAGGAAAGGGCAAGAAAAAGUAG